AUGGCUGAGCCCUUACCUAAAGGCUGGGAACUGCGUCAUUCUCGUUCUUCUGACAAAUCCUUUUAUUUAAAUAUCUAUACUAAAUCUAGUCAGUGGGAGAAACCUCCUUUUGUGAAGUCAGAGGAGGUUCAAGCUUCUCAUUUAUUAGUGAAACAUAAAGGAUCUCGUCGCCCGUCGUCAUGGAAACAAGAUAAAAUCAGAUCCAAAGAGGAAGCCUUGGAGAUAAUAAAAAGGUUCCGUGAGCAAAUUGUUUCAGGUGAAGUUGGAUUUGCUGAGCUUGCAUCAAAAGAAAGUGAUUGUGGUAGUGCCAAAAGGGGUGGAGAUUUGGGACCUUUUGGGCAUGGUCAAAUGCAAAAAUUUGAAGAAGCUACGUAUGGACUUAAAGUUGGAGAGCUCAGUGGACCAGUUGAUACUGACUCUGGGAUUCACAUUAUUAUCAGGACAGCUUGA